AUGACGUUAUAUCUGGAACAAUUUAACGACACGGUGAUCCGUACUACGUAUGAAGAGUUUCCUCUUCUGAUGCCUAGAUGGGGUUACGUAGCCUCCGCUUUUGUUUUGUUUCUUAUAGGUUUUUUUGGAUUCUUCCUGAAUCUUAUGGUCAUUUUGCUUAUGUUCAAGGAUCGUCAGCUCUGGACGCCGUUGAAUAUAAUAUUAUUUAAUUUAGUUUGCUCCGAUUUCUCCGUGUCGCUUUUGGGAAAUCCUUUUACGUUGAUAUCUGCUCUCUUCCAUCAUUGGAUAUUCGGACAUACUCUAUGCGUGCUCUAUGGAUUUUUCAUGGCAUUAUUAGGUAUAACCUCAAUCACGACUCUGACAGUAAUAUCCUUUGAGCGGUAUAUGAUGGUAACGAAGCCCUUUAGCUCAAGGCAUCUUACUUCAAAGGGUGCGGUACUGUCAAUUGUUUUUAUAUGGGCGUACGCUUUGGCUCUAACAACGCCACCACUCUUUGGUUGGGGUAAAUAUGAGAAUGAAGCGGCUAAUAUCAGUUGUUCGGUGAAUUGGCAUGAACAAUCGUUCAACACGCUAACGUAUAUUCUCUUCCUCUUCGCAAUGGGUCAGAUCCUGCCCUUCACCAUCAUUACAUUCAGUUACGUCAAUAUCAUACGCACUAUGAGAAAGAACUCACAGCGACUGGGACGUGUGAAUCGCGCUGAAGCUCGAGCUACUGCAAUGGUUUUACUAAUGAUUAUAUCAUUCACUGUAUCUUGGACACCUUAUUCUCUUUUUGCUUUAAUGGAACAAUUUGCUACAGAAGGCAUAGUCUCGCCUGGUGCAGGAGUUAUACCAGCAUUAGUUGCAAAGAGCUCUAUUUGCUACGAUCCACUCAUCUACGUCGGCAUGAACACACAGUUUCGCCAGUCCAUUAAACGUGUUUUCAGCAUACAAACUAAAUGUAGAAACUCUGAAACCGAAAGAGGAGACGUUAACACUUUCUUAUCACCGAGUCAUAAAUUAUCUGUAUUAAAAAAUACUACUUUACGAAAUUCUUCAGAAACAUUUAUAUUGAAUACACCCAAAAAAGUUAAUAAAUGCGAUACAAAUUCAGAUGAUAAAAUUAACAUAACAAUAAAUGAAAAAGCUAACAAACAACUUCAGAAAGUUUCCAAAUUAUGUUUGAUAGAAGAAAAAAUGAGCGUAUCAGAUGCAGAAAGAUCGGGCGAAACUAUUUUUGAUGAUGAUACAAGUAACAGUAAUAGAAAACUAGAAAAAUCUUGUAUAUUAAAUGAUCAGUCUCCUGUUCUUACAAUAGUCGAUGCUAACAAACUUUGCUUUACGAAAGUGGCCAAACGAGAAAAUGAGAAACAACUUUAUGAGGAACUUUUUACGGAAGUCAAAAAAAUAGAUAACACUGAUCAGAGUUUUAAACGUCCCAAAACAUUAAAACAUAGUUAUUCCCUAGAUUUAGGUUCCAUUUCACAUGAAGGGAAACGACGAAAGUUUUCCAUUGAAACUAAAUUAGAAUCUAUUGUUGUACCUAAAAGUUUUAUGGGAAAAGUGAUGAGUAAGUUUUUUGAACAAAAUGGUAAACAGAAUAAAAUAAAAACAUAUUUAUGUGAAAAGCAAGAUAACCAAGGGAAUGAAGAAUUAACUUAAUUAUUCAUUUGAAAAUUGUUUGAAUUUCAAAUG